AAUACACCAAUUGUCUUAUUGCAAGUCAGUUUUUGUGUUUACUUUUACUCAUACAUAUGUGUAUGUGUUGUAUGUUGAAGUGAUGGGUCAGUGGUUAAAACAUUUAAUUUUCAGGUUUUAACUUCAUUUCGCUCCCAUUUUAGUUUAACUAAUUGAUUAGUGUCACUAGCCCUCAUGUAUACAUAUAGAAUGUGUUUCAAAGCCAAAUAAACUAAUCUGUAUACCUGGUGAAUAAGUUGAAAAACAUUUGUAUGAUUAGAAUGAAAGCCAAUUUCAAUUACUUUUUGUCAGUAGUUGCUUGAUUUGUUUAGUAAUUUUUACCAUUUAGAUUGAAAGUAAAACCUUUCCAUUAAAGUAGUAUAGUAUGGGAUGGGGGAGUGAAGUGAAUGAUUUAAUGAAUAGAUCAAUUGUUUUUUAACCAGUAUAUUUCAAACUUCAGUCUACUAAACUUUCAUAGCCGACUAGUAUCAAGUAUUGUCAUAAAAGUGAGUACCUUAAAGUCAAAUAUGCAAAUUUACGUUUUGAUUACUGAAAUGAAUUAGUUAAGUCAAAUAGGAUUCCGUUUGGUUAUUUGCACAAGCAUAUACAUGCUGCUUGUAUUUCUCCAGGAGACAAGCAUUUUAAAAUCAGUUUCAUCUUUGCUGAUGAACGUAUUAGGUUGCUUUUCUGAUUGUAGUAGAUUUCAAAGGCUACUAAUGUACUAUGGUUAAAUAGCCCUGCUUCUUAUGAUAAAUGAGUAAACAACUACUGAAUAGGGGAGUGUUUGUUUGACAAGGCAAAAAAAUCAGUGUAUUACGAGAUAAUUUGAUAGUAUAAGUCGUUACAAAGGUGAAUAUUAUUCUCAGCCCAUGCAACUAUAAGAUCAUUAGAAAAAAUCUUGGGAAUUACAAUUGUAUUCAAACCUUUCUACUGAAUUCAGUAGUUUACGUUGUUGGAUGAUGGAAGGUAGUCGACCGAGAACCCUGGCUCUAACUAUUUUACAUCUGAAAAUCAUGCCUGGGGCGUAGAUUCAAUUAGACUAGCAGCCACAUUGCAAAUUGACAGAUUUCUAUUGAUCAACAAUAAGGAAGGACCAGGCAAAUAUCACGUCGAUCACUUCUCAGCAAUCAGUCAAUUAUAAUUUACGUUACGAUUUGAGCUGAGAACUAUUUCCAAUUUAAACUGCUACCUAAUAUAAAAUGUGUUUAGUUUUUAGUUGAUAUUUUCCACUUAUAUAUGCCUUGCAAACACGUUAUUUUCUCCCACCUUAAUUAAAUUUAGAUAAUGGGGGUGCCUUUGCCAGCAGUUGCAGAGCGUAUGAACAAUCCGAAUAAUCCAGUCGUUUUCUUCGAUGUCACGAUUGGUGGACAGGAAAUCGGUCGAAUGCAAUUCGAAUUAUUUCAAGAUAUUGUCCCGAAAACUGUAGAGAAUUUCAGACAAUUCUGUACAGGUGAGUAUCGUAAAGAUGGUGUACCAACUGGUUACAAGGGAACAUCAUUUCAUAGAAUCAUUAAAGAUUUCAUGGUACAAGGCGGGGAUUUUAUCAAUGGUGAUGGAACUGGAUCGUUUAGUAUUUAUGGUGGUGUACAAUUUGCAGAUGAGAAUUUUGAAGUGAAACAUUGUACUUGUGGAAUGCUGUCUAUGGCGAAUAGUGGUCGUGAUACAAAUGGAUGUCAGUUCUUCAUUACUUGUGCCCCUUGUGACUUUCUCGAUGGGAAACAUGUGGUUUUCGGUCGAAUUGUUGAUGGAAUGUUAGUUUUAAAGAAAAUUGAAAAUGUACCAACUGGUGCUAAUAAUCGUCCAAAAGUUCCCGCGUUCACAGAAAUCGCCCCUAAAAUCUCUGCUUCUCGUGUGCUAAGCAGUACUCGUAUUUCUGAGUUAAAUGAUUCCAAUGUGAGUUAUUCAUCAAACGUAGGCAAACUAUCACGGCAUCGAUUACGUGUUAUGCUGGAUGAUGAUGAUGUUAGCGAUAAAGAAAAUGAUUAUACAGAUAUUGAUACGUCCACACAUUUACCGUCCUCUAUCCCUCCAAUUGAAUCAACCAGAAUCCCACGAGGUGAAGAAUCUUCGUCAUCAGAUGAUGAUGACGAAAGACGUUUAAAUUAUGAAUCAUCAGAACAGGAAUCUAAUAGUGGUGUUACUGGAGAUGAGGCAGAAUCUAUUGUCAAUGAUGAUUCUAAUGAUUCACGUGCGAGAAAAAACCGUCGUCGUGAAAAUGACUUAAAACGCGACCCCAAACGACGUGCUUACUCACCAAAUGAAAUUUUUGAAGGACACAGUACUAAUAACCAACAUGAAAUGCCGUAUGGCGCAGAUGAUGAUGCGGUGGACAUUGAUGUAUUGGAGAAAUUACGUAAGAUUUCCAAAGGAGCAGCGAAACGUGUUGUCAAGAAUCCUCGUCCCAAACUUGACCCUCAAAGAUUAUUGAGUAACAAAGGUUUGCCAGCUCUGUUGGAAGAUUUCAAAAAAGUUAAAUUUCGAGGUAAAGGCUAUGAGUUUCAAGAUUUGAAUAAACUAUUAUUUGUUUAUGAAGCAUGGAGUCAUCGUUUGGUACCUAGGAUGAGUUUUUCUGAAGUUAUAGAUCGUUUGGAAAAUGUUGGAAGUAAACGUGAAAUACGUGUUGCUUUACAUCGACUUCGUAACGGUAUUUGGCCACCAUAUACAAGUGAAGAACAAACAGUACCAUCUGAUAAUGAAAGCACAUCGGAACAAGAAGAUCCGGAAGUAGUGUGGAAACGGGCUUUAGAAUCUGUUCCUGAGGAUACAAUCAAUUCUGCAAAAUCUCCAUCUACAUUAAAUGAUAUUUACAGAAAAGAAUGGAAUCAUAAAAAUGAAACUGAAGAUUUAAAUGGCAGCUUCAACAUACAAUCACCACAAGUGCAACCAUCUACUUCAUUUGACUUUGAGUCAAGAGCUGAAAGAAAUAAACGUCUAGCAUUAGAACGACUUGCAGCUCGAAAAGCUUCUUGUUCUGGAACAAUUAAUAAUGGAAAACCACAAUUGUCUACAAAUCAUAUAUUAAAGAAUGCCUUGAAAGCUGCAGUUAGUACUAUCCCUCCGUUGAGCAAAGCCGAUACCACUAAAUCAUUUCCAGACUCUCCUGUAAAUAAUAAAUUUGAUACUAAUGUCUCUAUCGAUAUACCCUGUUCAGAAAAUGCUGAUACUGUUUUUAAUAAUGCUUCUACCUUUACUAUAACACAUGACAAUCAUGAAACUCCUACUUUUUUGGAAGAAACUCCAGCCAGUCCUGACAAAUCACCAUCAGUUUUACAUGAAGUAGCGUCACCAAAUCAUGAAGACGAAUCAGAUCUUAUUAUUGAUCUAGACUAGAUUUUUUUUACUUUAUUCAAUGUCUCGUUCCAAUAACUGGUUCAUUACUUUAUUUUUGUAUAAAUAUUUCUUUCUGUAUACUGUUUUAAUAAAAUGUCAAGUUUAUGUAAUUCGUGGGAAAAAGUACUUAAACGAAGGUUGUUAUUAGGUUUCUGUGGCAGGUUACAGUUUCUUCUUGUUAAUUCGGUACCAUACUUCGUUUAAGAAAAAGAAUAUGACUAUAAAUCACUGGUCUACAUUUAUUGUGAAGUUUCGAGUAAACUCCCACUCGAUUACUGUCUCAUACAAUUAACUUUUCUGCUACGAGUUCUUAUAUCCUCGACUUACCGUUAAAUACUUUGGGUGUUUGUAUCUUUUAUGUAGUCCAGGAGUUGCUCAUUUGCAUUGUAGAUGUAAUAAAUUGGUAAGCUAGACAAACAGGCAAAUCAUCUUGGAAUCACCGAGUGUGGUCCCAUAUUUCGCAAAGUUUUACUAAACUUGGGAGAAUCUCGGUCUAAGCAGUCAAAAUGAAACAAUCAUCCUAAUCUAAGUCGGGGGCUUCUCAGCAUACGGCAUCAACAUUUAUAAUAGUAGUGAUCAAAUUUACUUGUAGGCAAUGCGAUAUUUGUUAAAUCUCCAAAGUAUAGUUCAUCCCACACAAGAUAUGCGAAGUUCUAAAAGACGUGCGCACGGAGAUCUGACAUAACAUUUGUUUCCGGUAAGCAAGAGAACAUUUCUUCCUCAAAAUUUGGAUAAAUCAAGCAUCAUAUAUAUGGUUAGUAAGUUAAAUCAAAUUUAGUAUCAACAAACACUAGUGGUAUUGUGCGAGAAAAUCUUAGACAAUUAUGAGGAUAUUACGCAGUAACGAAGACACUGUUUAAGUAUUAGAAAUGUAGUUAGGAAGUGACAAUUGCUUCAUAAGUCAAACAGUUCCACAUGAUUUCGAGGAUUAUAACCGAUAUGUUGUGUAGAAGAUUAGGAAAAUAUUGUUAGAUAAUGAAUCUCUUAAAAUACAGUGUGAGAUACGCUGUACUACACAUCCCUUUCAACAACUAGCCAGUUUAGGCCAUAUACUUUUCAACAUAUACGCUAUCAUCCAAAUAUAUUUUCGAAUCAAUCCAUUCCUGACUUCUAAAUUGGCUGGUUUUUACAUCCUCGAUUACAUCGGUGUUACGGACAACAGUGUUGUCAGGCUCUGAAUAUUGGUGACACCUUUAAGUCGAAAGUGUUAUAUCCUAGCACAGACAUAAGUACGGGUAACUCCCAGGACCUAUUAAUGGGCGAUUAUUCUAUAUAUAUACUUAUUAUAUAAUUAUUCAGUAACUA